AUGGACGCAGGCUCUACUCAAGGCCGUGUAAAAAAGGCGCGCGGGGAUUCUAGCCGCUCGGUGGCUACUGGACCACGGGCCCACACACGCGACAGGGCACUCGACGCUAUCCAAAAGGCUAUCUCGAGCAACACAAGUUCUCAGGCAAACGUCCGACAAGGUGGCCGAGGUAGUAAUCUGGAACAAGUUAGCAUUCGAGGAUGGAAACAGAGCAAGGCAGCGUCCAACCGCGACGGUGGCAUUGAAAGUCUAAUCACCUUCCUCGAAAAGAAACUCAACUCAUCCGACUCGAAAGCUGGCUCCCGCGCAAGGAUCACAAAGUCGCGGGUUGAAGGCGAUGCUUUCAUAGUAUCUAUCCGGUCGGAGUUGUUGGACAGGAUGCUGAAAAUGAAUGGCUUCAGUUUUGCAGGAGCUCCCCUUACGAUCCAGACAUAUGAUCCCUCCGCCAAUGGAAUGGACCAAACGAUGCUAUCCGAAGUGUCGCGGAAUAGCGGUGCCCCCUCGACCGCCGAUACCAAGUCCAAGAUGACUGCGAUCUUGAGCAAACGCUAUUUUCAACAGCAGAAAUUGCUCAACCUCUCUAAGCUUGGCAGCGACCCGGACCUGUUAGCAAUGGGAAUAUUUGAUAGCACAUCUACCGAGUCCAAGUUCUUCCCGGCGUUGAUGAAAGUAUGGGAAAUGAAUUUCGAUAGCUCUACAGCGCGACGUGAAGCUGUGGAGAGUGUCAGCCUUGCCGACAAUCAGCUCGCAAAUAUUACGGUCGUCACGACAUUAGCUCAAUCAUUCCCUGAUCUAAAGAACCUUGACUUAUCGAAUAACAACUUUAAAGACUCUCAGUCCUUAAUUGGAUGGAGAUGGAAGUUCCGAAAUCUGGAGUUCCUUGACCUCACCGGUACCCCUUUCAGCGCAGAUCCUACUUUCAAGGACACCAUGCUCAAGUGGUAUCCUAAACUACGAUUUUUGAACAACACGGAAGUUCGGACGGCGGAGGAAGUGGCCGCGCAGAAGAAGACACCAAUUCCUGUUCAGGCGCCGCAUUUCCAGGACGAAUCUCAAAUCGGAGAGAACUUUGUCAAGGCCUUCUUUGUUGGUUAUGACAACAACCGUACUGACCUUCUGAACGGUGUAUACGACAACAAUUCCACGUUCUCGCUCAAUGUUAACACCACUGCUCCGAGAGCCCAGCAGACUGAAACUGCGGCCUGGGAUCCUUACAUCAAGAAGAGUAGAAAUUUACUCAAGAUCAAUCAUCUUCCUGCGAGGAUGUCUCGUUCCUUUGUCGGUGCGGACAAAAUCCGUGAGAUGUGGAACAGCCUUCCUCAAACACGACAUCCCGACAUAGGAGCUCAGCCCGAAGAAUGGCUUAUCGAAUGUUUCCCCAUCCCUGGGCUUCCAGAUCCUUCCGGACAGAGCCCGACUGGCGUGGGUGGACUUCUUAUCAUGGUGCAUGGAAAAUUUGAAGAGAUCAAUGGGCCGAAGGUUGACCUUCGGAGUUUCGACCGGACAUUCAUCCUUGGACCUGGCGGAGGCAUGGGCGGUAUUAGGGUGAUCAACGAUAUUCUUUGUCUACGGGCUCAUGGGGGCCAUGAAGCAUGGAUGUUAGAGCAGCCAAUUGUCCAAGCAACCCAACCCGGACAACCCCCUGUCCAACCACCGGUUGCUCCUCCGGUUGCUCCCGAUGGUUACGGUAUGCCGGCACCAGGCAAACCGGAUGCCCAGGUGCAACAAGAGCAACUGGUCAUGCAAAUAAGCACUAAGACGGGCAUGACCCUGCCAUACUCUGAAAUGGCACUUUCCGGCAACGGUUGGAAUUUGGACGCUGCUUUGAAGAAUUUUGAGGAGCUCAAGCCCUUCUUCGCUGUAUUCCUUAAAUUUUAG